AUGCCCUCUUUUACGCUGCAUCUCACCAUGUCUCCCGACAAAGGCCAAGGAACAAUUCCCCUCGAUGACAUGCGAGCCCGCCAACCCAACAGCCACGCAGUGCUGCGCAAGAAACAGACUAAAACCGUUGAUAAGGCUGAGACCGAGGCAAAGGUCCAAGAUCACAAGAAAGAGGCGGAUGUGAAUGACGACCAGGCCAUGUUGGACGGAGAGCAGCAUGAAGAGGCGCCCGUCGAAGUGGAUGCCGCCGACUUUGCAAAAGACGAAGUCACCGAGACCUCCGUUUCUCCAGAGCUUGUUCCUGCGAGGAGAUAUAACCUGAACGUGCCAGUUCCAUUUCCCGACGGAGCUCAUUCCGACGACGACGACUUUGAAUUGGCUGAAAUGACGAGUUCGAUGUACGCAGCAGCUGAGGGAUUCUCUGGCAUGGACAGCGAGGAUUUCAUGCCUCGGCGACGCCUUUCCGAUGGCGAUGGAGCGCGAGAUGAGCUGAGAGAACAGGCGCAACUCAGACAGCUCCAGGAUGCCAUCACCAGACUCACCCUCGAAAAGGAGGCUGCUGAGAGAGAAGCGACCAAUGCCAGACAGGAAAUUGAAGACUUGAAGCAUCUGCUCAAUUCUGAUAUGGAGGAAAUCGCUAAGGGCACGGAGUCUCUUGGCGCAGAUAUGAAGAGGCUCAAAGAAGAGAACGGUCUCUUGAGAGAAGAGCUCAACGACGCGCAGUCGCACAUCUUCAGCCUGCAGCCGUAUCGCAAGGACCUCACCCCAGAGGAAGUAGGGCGGCAAUAUGAUGAUCUGGUCGAGUCAGUUCAAGACUGGGUUCAAAAAUUCAUGGGUUUUUGGCUAGAUGACUAUGAGACUGGCGCCGAGGCUCUCGUCUCCCACGCACGGAAGAAUGCUGGAGAAGUUGCAAAGUUUAAGAAGGUUGUGCACAAGUAUCCCGAUCUAAUACACGGCUGCAUGUUUCCAGAGACUGAUGAAGACAUCAUCGUCGCUGUUAUUAUGCGGUUUCUCAACGAUCACAUCUUCCAAAAAGUCCUCUACGGCUCUGCGUCGAACUACACCGAUAUGGUGAGCUUUAUCGAGACACAGAUGCAGACCGCCGUUGAGCCCAAGAGAGACUUGUUUGCUGUUCGCACAUGGACCGCCGAGAGUUAUAAUGCUUUGAUGAGCGCUCCGCAGUUCAGGGCUAUUCGUGUUCGGCGGGCCAGAGAUCUGACUAUAGGCUUGGCAGAAGUGCUUCGCAUUUUUUGCAAAAAGGACAAACACGCCUGGUUUUAUCAGAAUACGGAAGAGCGCUGCAUCAAGCCCGCCAUGGCGCUCUACGAAAAGCUUCAGGUGGCCACACACCACUUCUAUCUCGAUAUCCAGCCCUACAUUUCAUGGAGCGGCAGCCGCAUUGCCCCUUCACAAGAAUUCCACGAGUGCGUCGAGGAUCUUGAUUGCAGAAACAUCCUGCAUAACAGAAAGGCCUUCAACAUGAACAAGAUGGACCCCCGGCCUACAAAGGCCGACAUCUAUACCAAUCUGCUCAACGUGUGUACCGUGGUCCCUGCCCUGUACAUCCGCCAGAUCGGCCAGCGCGAUGCCAUCAAGGCGCCGUCGAUUGUACGCAAGCAGCAGAUGUUGGUGGCCUGGGGUUCUGAUGACAAGAAGGAGAAGUUCAUCGAGGAGGGCGACGAGUCGCUGGUCCAUAUGCUCUGCCUCUCAAAGGCACGGAAGAAAGGAGAGGGCUGGCUAAGCUGA